AUCUUUUUGCCUUUCUGCUAUUAUUUUUACCCACCGCUGACAUCCAUGCUAUACAUAUUAGUAUCUCUACUGGUUGUCGUCGGCGGAUACAAAUCUCUGUCCACAUUAAAAGGACUCUUUCAAUUUCUGGACCAGAUCAGUGCUGUCCACCAAGACAACGUAUUUCAAAAUGCAAAAGAAGUGUCGGAGCCGAUCUGGCUUCCCGUCCAAGGUGUCAUCCCCCAAUGGCUAAGUGGUAUCAUGUACCGCGUCGGUAAAUCUCUUUUCUUCACCAAUGAUACGAUGAAGUCUAGAAAUAUAUAACUUUCCAUGAGUAUCUUUAACUGAUUUCCAUAAACUUAUAGGACCCGGAAAGUAUAAUCUUGGCGGAGAUAAGGUCAUGAUCAAGCACGCUUUUGAUGGCAUGCCUUUUAUGCAUCGUUUCGAGCUUUCUGCUGAACGACAGGCUGUACGUUAUAAUGCAAGGAACCUGUCCAGGACUUUUGAGCGUCAACUGGUCGAAGAGCGUGCCAAGUCAGCCGUGUUUUUUGGUCAUGUGCAAGAUCUAUCAAUGUGGGACCGCUGCAUUGCGACGGUGCGUCGCUUUCGAGAGAUUCUUUUUGCCAGCCACGUUAAAAGUGAUCCAUCAUCGGCAAUGGUAGGUGUCACUGCUACGCCCAAUUUUCCCAUGCCGCAACAGUGGCUUGAACAAUCGCAAGGAACCAAUGGUGAAUAUCACCUGGUGUCCAAGACAGAUUUAAACCUGUUGCAGCAAGUGCAUGCAAACACUCUUGAACCAAAACGGCUUUAUACCUAUGGAGACUAUGACGAGCGCCUCAGCGGAGAUCUGGCGGCAUCGCAUCACCAAUACGACCCUGUCACCGAAGAAACUUUCAACUACAGCAUUAAACUCGGGCCCAUGCCAAAGCUCACUGUCUUUUCUGUAAGCCGCUCCGGACAAGUGUCCAUCCUGGCUGAAAUCACGCAUCGGCGACUUCCCAGUGGUGCUGCUGGCACAAGAAUCCGACCAAGCUAUAUCCACUCGUUCAUGCUUACGCAAAACCAUGUCAUUAUUCCUGAAUACCCCUUAUACUAUCAUGGCGCAGAUAUUCUCAUAUCAGGCAGUGCUGUCGGUAGCUACGUGUGGGACGAGCAAUCACCAACAUAUUUUCAUGUCAUCAGCCGUCGUCAAGAUAUUGGCCAUAUCGUUACUAUUCCGGCUGACAGCUUUUUCAGUUUCCAUAACUGCAACGCCUGGGAUAGUGUUGACGAAAACGGUGACCCCGUUAUUACCCUGGAUACCUGCGCGUUUUCCAACGCAGAUGUCAUCUACCAGCUCCAUAGCUUUGGUACUUAUUUACGUGGUCCCCAUCAGCAGCAGCAAAAGCCAUCCAUAAAUCAAACACGGCCCAAGGGUAUGAACACUCCACCUAUUAGACAACCCUCCUUUGGUGAUCUCAGACGGUAUCAACUCACGUGGAACCGGGACGUUAGCACUGCAUCUGCUUCGUACACGACCAUUGCUCGCAAUAUCGAAUUUGCACGUUUCUCGCAGCAUUACGCGCUCAGGCAAUAUCAGUUUGCAUGGGCAUGCCAGCUUUUGAAGCCAAAGACUGAAAAAGAAGCCGAGCGAUACAUUUUGGUCAAGAUUGAUCUCAAUACAGGCACCACUACUGCGUACAACGAGCCGCGCUAUUCAUGUUCGGAGCCCAUCUUUAUACCGAAAUCCAUUAACGGCAACGAGGAUGACGGAGCAGUUGUGAGCCUGGUCAAUGUUAUUGGCGCGCACGGACCCGAGGAGGAUAGCAGUUUCUUGCUAAUUUUGGAUGCCCAUACGAUGGAGGAAACUGCCCGAUGCACCAUUGGCCCAUAUAAUAUCAGCACGUUCCAUGGAUCUUACAUUGAUAGUGACUUUCAAAAUGUGUCUAUCAACUGAAAAAGGAAUAAGUGCUGCUACAUAAUAAAGACUGGAUUGAAAGUGUG